CAAAUCUCCACCCCACUGACUUACCAAAAGACAAGCAAAUUUAAAUUAAAAUACGAGAAUUCGUCACGCGUCCUCCUCCGCUCUAACCCACCCAACCCUUCGGCUAAACAACAUUUUUAUCAGGUGCACCAGCCGGUUCGUCACUGAAGUUCUCUCGAAAGAAUGAUCCAGCCAUAGAUUUCUCUCUCUAAAACAACAUUUUUAUCGGAUAUUAUGAGGGUCAUGCUUGUCUGAAAUCCUUGCCAAAAUGCCUGAGGUUGCAAAUAGAAAGGCUGACACACUUGGUGACGCUCAUGAAGUGCAAAAACAUGGAUUUGAUUUGGGUGUAGUUGUUGGAGAUUUGGCAUUUGAGGAUGAUAGUGACAGCGAUGACAUAUCUUUGGAGGGAUUACAGCAGGAAUUGGAGGACUGUAAGAAUGACAAUGUAGUAACAAAUAUACUGGCGAAAGGCACAUCAUUACGAGAAUAUGCAAAAGGUGUCGAAAAUAAUGUUCGUGAAGAUGAGUUGGAGUCCAUUCAGGAUUACAUAAAAGAGAGUGACAACCUGGUCUCCCUCCACAAUCAAAUUCGUGAUUGUGAUUCCAUUUUAUCACAGAUGGAAAUUCUGCUCAGUGGAUUUCAGGCUGAGAUUGGUUCUAUUAGCUCAGAGAUCAAAAGUCUCCAAGAGAAGUCAAUGGAUAUGGGGUUGAAGCUGAAAAACCGUAAGGUGGCUGAGUUGAAAUUGGCCAGAUUUGUGGAAGACAUUAUUGUCCCCCCAAGGAUGGUGGACAUAAUUGUUGAUGGAGAGGUGAAUGGAGAAUAUAUGAGAACUCUGGAGAUAUUGAGUAAAAAGUUGAAAUAUGUUGAAACGGAUCCGAUGAUAAAAGCAUCAAGAGCUCUGAAAGAUGUGCAGCCUGAGUUGGAAAGGCUCCGACAAAAAGCAGUGUCAAAGGGUUUUGAGUUCAUUGUUCAGAAGCUCUAUGCCCUGAGGAAGCCCAAAACAAAUAUUCAGAUCCUACAGCAAAGUGUCCUUCUCAAGUACAAGUAUGUUGUUCUCUUUCUUAAAGAACAUGGUAAAGAGGUGUAUCUCGAGGUUCGUGGAGCAUAUGUUGACACAAUGAACAAGGUUCUAAGUGCUCAUUUCCGUGCAUAUAUACAAGCACUGGAGAAACUGCAAUUGGAUAUAGCAUCAUCCAGUGAUUUGAUUGGAGUAGAGACCAGGAGUUCUGGUAGUUUAUUUUCAAGGGGAAGAGAACCUCUAAAGAACCGAUCUGCUGUUUUUGCAUUGGGGGAGAGGCACAAUAUCUUGAAGGAAAUCGAUCAACCUGCAUUGAUACCUCAUAUAGCUGAAGCAAGUUCUCAGAAGUACCCAUAUGAAGUUCUCUUUAGGAGUUUACACAAGCUUCUGAUGGAUACUGCUACUUCAGAAUAUCUUUUUUGCGAUGACUUCUUUGGAGAGGAAUCAAUCUUUUAUGAAAUAUUUGCAGGGCCGUUCGCAGUUAUUGAUGAAUAUUUCAAUUCGGUUCUGUCAAAUUGUUUCGAUGCUAUUGGUUUAAUGCUAAUGAUACGCAUUAUACACCAGCAUCAGUUGAUCAUGUCUCGUCGCCGGAUUCCAUGCUUGGACUCAUAUCUGGACAAAGUCAAUAUAUCUUUGUGGCCUCGUUUCAAAAUGGUAUUUGAUUUGCAUCUUAAUAGCUUGCGGAAUGCUAAUGUAAAAACAUUAUGGGAAGAUGAUGUCCAUCCCCACUAUGUUAUGAGGCGAUAUGCUGAGUUUACUAGUUCACUCCUUCACCUCAAUGUUGAAUAUGGAGAUGGUCAGCUUGAUCUGAACCUGGAACGUCUGCGAAUGGCUGUUGAUGAUUUGCUUGUCAAGCUUGCUAAGACAUUCUUAAAACCAAAGGACCAAACUGUGUUUCUCAUAAACAAUUACGACAUGAUUCUCGCUGUAUUAAAGGAAGCGGGUACAGAAGGUGGAAAGACUCAGCAGCAUUUUGAAGAACUGCUUAGGAGCAACAUUUCUAUCUAUGUGGAAGAGCUUCUUCUGGAGCACUUCAAGGAUCUUAUAAGGUUUGUCAAGACCAGGGCUGGUGAAGAGACAACUUCUAAUUCAGAGAAUCCUGUAACAGCCGCAGAGGUGGAACCACUAGUUAAGGAUUUCUCCAGCAGGUGGAAAGCUGCGAUAGAACUCAUGCAUAAAGAUGUCAUCACGUCUUUCAGCAACUUUUUAUGUGGCAUGGACAUCUUGAAAGGUGCAUUGACCCAACUGCUGCUCUAUUACACCAGGUUCUCAGAAUGUGUAAAGCGAAUUGGAGGUGGUUCUUCCCUUAACAAAGAUUUAGUUUCCAUAGCCUCCAUCAUGUAUGAUAUCAGGAAGUAUUCGAGGACUUUUUAGCUUUUCAAUUCUUACAGAUUACAAGGGAGAACCCCAUUUAGGAUACCAAUAUUCAAAAGUUUGAUUUAUGUUGUACCAAAAACAAGAUUUGCCUGUGUAUUCCAAUGUAAUGCCUUAUGGAGGAAAUAUUAUGCUGAUCAUGAUUUUUUAACU